CCUCAAAGGGCUCAAACCCUCAUUUUCCCUCCCUUCUCACUGCCUCAGCCCUCAGCACUCAGCAGCCUACCAAAGUCCUCACUUCAGUAACCUGCGUUCUCCUUCUCAGUUCUCCUCUCCCUCACGCGUUCUCCUUCUCAAUCAGUAACCUGCGCUCUUCUUCUCCCUCACGCGUUCUCCUUCUCAAUCAGUAACCUGCAGUCAUCAGUCAUCAGUUCACUCACAGAGUCACAGUCGAUACUCGAGUACUCGACAGCCACACCGCCCACAGCCCACAGGCGACCUCACUCCCUGCCGACAGCCACCGCAUACUCCUCCCCUCUCCUCACAGGCGGAUUUGAGGAGUAAUUUCCGUCAUUACUGAGAAUUAAAACCUCCAAAAUGUUCACCAAUGAUAAAAGGCAAGCAGAGAGAACAGGUAAGUAUGGCACCUCUAGACAACAACACCUCCAAGAAUUAGUAACACAGUUCCAAAACCCCAUCGCAACUGAAGAAACCAAGGAAAAAAACGUUGCAAAUCUAGCAAACUUUGCUUACGACCCUUACAAUUAUGCCUUUCUACGAGAACUCAACAUUUUAGAGCUCUUUCUGGACUGCUUGACCGAGCCAAAUGAGUGUCUCAUUGAGUUUGCGACUGGAGGAAUCUGCAAUGCUGUCGCUGACCCACAAAAUGCCAAGAUCGUUUGUGAUUGUGGUGGAGUUCCGGCAUUGAUCGAUUGUCUUUCGAGUCCUGUAAGGAAUACCGUUAAGUAUGCUAUCGCGGGCUUGUAUUAUUUGUGGGAGAUUGGGGGGUCUGAGGUGAAGGAUAGAGAUGGCUUGGUGGAAUUGAUUACCAAGUAUUGUGAGGUUGAUGUGUUUUCUCAUCUUGCUAGAGUUUUGUUGGACAAGAUUUUGCAAACAAAAAUAUAGAUUCAUAUUUUGAUGAUCAUCUUGGUAAUGAUGUUAAAAUUGUUGAUAAUCAUGUGAAUAUGUGGAAUGGUUGAGCUCAAUAUAUAUUUUUUAAUCUUCAAGCAUCAUCUCGGCAGAGUUAAACC